CAGCAUUCAUAAAAUACAUUUACACUUAAAAAAGUCAAAAAUUUACACCUCACAAAUAGCAUGAGUUACUAUCCAGAGCAGUACGGAUAUUCCGCCCCAAUAUCCGCCCCAUCUGAGGGACAACAUGAAGACACACACGAUAGAGGUAUGCUUAAGAAGUUGGCAGUUGCCGGUGCUGUGGCUGGCGCCGGUAUGAUAGCCUACAAGAUGUACAACAAACGCAAACGUGUAAAACAGUAUAGAACUUUACCCGACGGCACAACUCGAGAAGUCUUCGUCGAGGUCGAUGCUGACAACAAUGAUCCUGAGGCGUAUGACGUAGACGACCGCGGAGUACCUGUCGACCCCAAUGUGCGAGCGAAAUUGGAAUGGGAAGACAGUCAGAAUCAUUUUAACUACAACUCAACCACACCGGCACAGAUGAACACAUCAUCUAUGCCCAACAUGUAUGGUGUACAUCCAGCACAAAGCAUUGGUUAUCAGCAGUAUCAGCAGCAACCAGUGCAUGCACAGAACGGCUACGGAGUGCAGCAAGGUGCGGUUUAUCAGACUCAGUCAUUCCAGAGUAUGUCGACUGCCCAUUCGGCUAUGCUGCCACCAGGCAUGUACUAGUGAGAUUGAUUGUAGGUCAUCACAGAUACUCAAAAAAAUGAGGGGUUACAGCUGAUUUAUGCACAUAUGCAGUAAUACCUCAGUAUGGAGCCCUGUACCGCUGGGCUUUAAAAUGUCAGAAACCGGUAUAUAGUUACUCGGGUGAAAGUAAUAACACUUGUCCUCGACUAUAUUCGAUACAAAGACUGAUACAAUUGACUAAUUCGCGAUCAUACUAAACCGAAAAAUGCUAGGCAUGUGUGGAGUCAUGAAAACUUGUUUGGCACAGCGGUCGCACGCUAGUGAUCGCAGCUUAUAUGCAACAUACGGGUUGAGAGUAACAAUCGACGGCAUCUAGUUGGCCUUUCAGUGAAAUAUCAACUGGCAGCGAGCACACUCUUCUCAACUCUUUAGAUAAAAGAGAUGUUUGCAAUUAAAUAAAUGAAUAAAAAUAUAUAAACACAGACAGAUGCUUCAAAUCCACGGGUAAAAAGAAUAAAACUUGUACUUUAAGAGUAGAUAGACAACUGAGGCCCUCAAUACGGUCAGCCGGUUUGAUUCCUAAAGCGUAUGAUUUUGAAUAGUAAUUAGCAACCG